AUGUCCCGUUUGUUUGGUCAGCUGAGUGUGAGGAGAGCUUUGGAGCUCAAGGAGAUGUUGACUACUACACCAGUGUUGGCGUUACCCGAGCCAGGGAAGCCUUAUCAUGGUGUAUACAGAUGCUUCAGGCAUUGGUCUUGGUUGUGUGCUGAUGCAGGAGGGCAGAGUUAUUGCAUAUGCUUCGAGACAGUGGCAGGGCAUGCAGGUCUUACGGAUCACAAGAGUCUUCAGCAUAUCUUCACUCAGCCGAUGAUGAACGCGAGACAGACGCGCUGGGUUGAGUUCUUGGCGGACUAUCAGGAGCCUUUGGGUUUAGAGGCAGUGGAUCAGGCGGAUCUACUUAGCAGGAUCAGAGUUGCUCAGCAGAGUGAUCAGAGUUUGCUGGAUGCGACGAGAGUGACUGGUUCUGAGUAUGAGGUCUCUGCGAAUGGGACUAUUUUGGUUCGUGGGCGAGUUUGUGUGCCUAAGGAUGUGGAGUUAAGGCAGCAGAUUCUGAGAUAG